UGAGUGUUUAGUGUGUCAUUGUCGCUCGUGGAGGAAGAACGUGCUGCUGGUGAGCCACGUAAGGGUCAGGGUAAAGUUGGGGUCAUACGCUAUAGCUGUGCGUGGCCUCGGUGCUCAUCUCCGUCACAUUGGUCCUUGAGCUUGUGGCGGGUAACCCAGCACCCCGGGACGCAGGGCCAGUGUGACAUCCGGGUUGCCAGGGGCAGGGUGGAUCUUCCCCAGGUUUCCUCAGGUAUCCAUUUACCGACCAGCCCGAAAGGGAAGAUGGACAGUACGCCGACUGCCCGGGCCGGGAUUCGAAACAGGACCAGCGGAUUCGUAGCUAGGUAUGCUAGCCACCUCACAGCGGAGGCGGAGAGGUCAAGAGAGGAUGAGCAGCAGCAGCAGCAGAGGGAGACCCAGCAGGAGAAGGCAGCGGGGAGGAUGGAGGGCCAGCAGGAUGCAGCACCAGCACCACAGCCUCAAGACGUACCGGACGCACCAGGAGCAGCAGCGAAUGGAAGGAAAAGCAGCGUCCUCGCCUCGCUGCACGCCGCCAUAGCCAAGGAGGACGUGGAGCAGUGCCUUCGCCUGCUGGAGAAUGAGAGGAACGUGAACGUCCUGGACGACCGGGACGGGUCCACGCCCUUGCACACCCUCGCCAGGAGGAAGUGGUCUGACGGGCGGCGGGUGGCCGAGGCCCUGCUGGCCAGGGGCGCCAAGGUGAACACCAAGGACCACGCGGGGCACACGCCGCUGCACAUCGUGGCGCGAGACGGCCGGGGUGACCUGUGUGAGUGUCUCCUGGCCCACCACGAAGCUACCGGCAGCCUCAACCUCAACGUGCGGCGCAAGUGCACCCAACGGACGCCGCUGCACUAUGCCGCCGAGGAGGGCCAAGCGAAGAUAGUGGAGCUGCUGCUGAGCGCCGGCGCCGACGCCAAGCUGCAGGACAAGAGCGGCUUGUUGCCCGUGCACUACGCCGCCAAACAGGGCUACAAGGAAUGCUGCAGCCUGCUCGCCUCUUCCUACAGCCACCCCGGCCCCUCAAACGUGCCGCCCCCCCUCGCCCUCACCCUCCAUAAGGGCCACUACCGUUGCUGCAAAGAGCUGAAGCCCGACGAGGCCAGUCUGCGCUACCGUGACAAUGCCGGCAACACGCCCCUGCACGUGGUGGCCAAGAGGGGCUACAACGUGUUCGUGGAAGUGCUGCUGGACAUGAAGGCGCCCGUGGACGAGCGGAACGAAAGCGGGAACACGCCCCUCAUGGAGGCCGUGCGCCACAACAAGCUGCCCUGCGUCAAGCUGCUGGUCGAGGGUGGUGCCUCCCUGGCAGAGAUAAACCGCGAGAACAGCACCGUGCUGCACCUCGCAGCGGUCGGCAAGGCCCACAAGUGCCUUGAGUAUUUACUCGGCUGUCGGAACAUCGAAGACCAGCUCAACAAGAAGGACGCCCGUGGCCACACAGCGCUUUCGAUAGCCACCGAGAAACAGGACGAGAAAAGCUUCAACCUCUUAAUUGAGGCCGGCGCCUCGCCAACGUGUGGCCCUGGUAAGCCGCUGCUGCACUUCCACUCUGUGUACAGGCGACCCGGCAUCCUAAAAAAGAUGCUUUCCUGCGACAGCUCAGAUACCAAUAUCAGCGACGAAAAGGGCGUGACGCCGCUGCAUUUGGCCGCCAAGGAAGGCUCCAUAGUGGUGUGCGGCCUCCUCCUGGGCCGCGGGGCGCGACUCAACGCCACCGACAACAACGGCAAGUCGCCGCUGCACGUGGCCGCCGCCGCGGGGCACGCCGAGUUGGUGCGUCUCCUGGUGAACAGAGGCGCCACGCUGCGGGCAAAGGAGCGCGACACAAACUUCACGGCGCUGCACGCCGCCGCAGCCGUGGGAAGCCUGGAGUGUGCCAAGAUCCUGCUGAACGCGGACCACGGCCUCGGCAACGAGAAGGAUGCAAAGAGCAAGUACGCCCUGGACGUGGCUUUCGAGGGUGGCCACCAUGAGGUUGUGAGGCUCCUGCUGGAGGACUUGAAGACCCUGCCGGAGGACCUGCGGCCGAGACUACAUGAGUACACACACCAAAGCGUGGCCAAGAAGGACAGAGGGUUCCUGAGCGUGAUGUUCGAGAGCAAGUGGUGGGAGGCGGGCUGCGGGCUGGACAGGGCGGAGGGGGCGACGCACUGCCCUAACUUCAGGGAUAUCAUCAGCCCCUACCCAGAGAUCGCCAGCGAGGUCAUGACCAAGUGUCGCAACGACGAAGGCAUCAACGACUUCAGACUCCUCGAAAACACCUCCUACGCCAAGACCGUUGCUGAGUGCCUCGAGGGGUCCCGGCAAGAGCCAGCAGAGAGGGCUUGUCUGGCGGACCAUCCCGUGGGCGUGAUGGCGGGCAGUGAACGGCUGGCGCUGCUGCAACACCCGCCGCUGUUGCAACACCCGCUGGUGGAGAAGUGGCUCGAGUACAAGUGGUGUUCCUACGCCCGGUGGCUCUUCCUGGCGCUGCUGCUGUGGCGCCUGGUCAUCCUGGCCACGCUCUUCUUCUUUCUGCUGCACACAACAAACUGGACACAAAUCGAGAAGAUGUACAACUUGACAAGGGAGGAGAUAUGUGGGCCUUGUCUUGAGGGAGAGGCAGCAGAGGAGCAGGAGGAGCAGGAAGAGUGCGUCCCUGCUUUCUGGACUCACCCCGGCGUCCCAGGCACUGUCAUAGCCCACCUCCUGCUCACCGCAUCCCUACUGCUGCAAGUGUUUGUGGAGUCGACCUGCUUCAGAAAGAUGAGGAAGCACUACCUCGAUAACUCCUUCUUCUUGCUUCGCCUCCCCUGGAUGGUCAUGUCCCUCGCGGCCCUCCUGCCCACCUCCCAAUGUGACCUCAUCCUCGGCAUUAAGUCCGUAUAUGCGUGGGAGUGCGGGAUCCUGGCUCUGCUCUUCUCAUGGCUAGACCUCAUUCACAACAUCGACCUGCUUCUUCAGUUCAUCAUGUUCGCGGCCCUCAACGCCAACUUCCUCAAGGAAUACAUCAAGGGCCUCAUGUACUUCGGGAUGAUCGUCUUCAUCUUCUCGUUCGCCUUUCAUCUGCUUCUCUGGGAACAAGCCUCCUUCCACUCCCUCCCUCAGUCCAUGGUGCAGGUUGUGGUUUGGAUGGUCGGGGAUUUGAAUUACGACGACAAUUUCCUCAACGCUAACUUGGACUACCCGCUCCUCUCCAACAGCCUCUUCCUGCUCUUCGUGUGUACCGUCGGCGCCUUCUUCGUCACGCUGCUCAAGACGCCCUCCUUCAGCAAGAAGAGACUCUGCUACCUCAAGCAGACGGGGCGAAUCAACCUCCUUCUGAAAAUUGACAUGUCCUUCCCUUGGUGCAGGCUUCUGUGUUUCGCCCAGAAGUACGACGAGAAGGAGAAGAUUCCAAGCCUGAUCACGAAGGUACAGGAGAAAUACGCCUGGCCUCCUGGAGAGGAAGAAAACGGGCAGAACGAAGUAUCCCAAGUCGACGGUUCACCACGUGACACUGGAGUCAGCCUUUACUUGGAGAAAGUCAUGUCCUUCGUCGAGAACGUGGUGGACUUCUUUCAAACGGACGACAAUGACGAUGACGAGAGCGAUGACGACGACAUAAGGGCCAAUCUCAAGCUGAUGAGGGGCAUGUUGGAGGAACAGGCGAAGCAGCUCCAGGAGGUGACGAAUCGAUGCGCCGAUAUCCUGGAGUACUACGAUGAAAGGAGCGAGGCGAGUUUGCAGAUGACGAACACUCCGAAGAAGUGCAGAGAGAGGUGCGGCGUAUUCAAGUAACAAACUCGCCGAAGAAACAGAAAGAGAACUGAGGCGAAGGACACGAAAUACAAAAUGAAUGAAGGCGUGUCUCCAAGUAGAAAACUCCAUAGAAAAAUAGAGAGAAAAGAAAGGCGCUCCUCCUCGUAAAUCACUGAAGAAACAGACACUACACAAAAUAAAACACGGCAGGUCUUCAAGUAACAAACUCUUCCAGUAUAAGUAAAUUAAGAUAGACAAAUUAAACAGCUGACUGACUGACUCCACCACAGAAACACAGAAACAGAAGGAGAAACGAGACAGAGAAGAUAGAGGUGUCUGUUAACAAAGACUAACACGCAAGGUAAACAAAAGUAAACCAAUGCAAGUCUUCAAGUAACAGACUCUCCCAAGAAACACAGAAACACAACAAGGCGGAGAAGAGGGAGGUUUCUGUUAACAAAGACUAACGUUCCCUUCGCCUUACUCGCUGCCUGAGUGCCUGGUUGGAAGAAUUUGAGGUUGGACGAAUGUGACACCAAGAGAGAGAUAACUAGAGGAGUGUUGGUGAUAUGCAAUUUAUAUCAAUGGCUUUUGAUGUGCAUUUUGGAUAACACAUUUUUAUUACAGUUGC